AUGCGCGCAGCAACACGCGGACUCUUUCGCGCCUUCGCGCAGGCCCGGUCACUCGGCCCCGCCGCCGCCGCUCCCCGCCGGAACACCGGCGCCCUCGCACUCGCCGAGCACGAUGCAAUUCUUCGCGCCCUCCCCUCCAUCGCGAGAUCCUACAACACUUCGCUGAGGGACCUCGCCGUCGCGCCCCGCCCGCCCAACAUCGGCAUAAAGAUUGUCCCCGAGAAGGGCGCGGUCAUCGUCGAGCGCUUCGGCAAGUUCCACACCGUCCUGAACCCCGGAAUCCACCUCCUCGUGCCCGUCGUGGACCAGAUCGCGUACGUGUGGCACCUGAAGGAGGAGGCCAUACACGUCGCGAACCAGACCGCGGUGACAAAGGACAACGUCGCCAUCACGAUCGACGGCGUCCUCUACCUACGCGUGGUGGACCCGGUCAAGGCGUCGUACGGCGUGGAGAACCCGAUCUACGCCGUCUCGCAGCUCGCGCAGACCACGAUGCGCAGCGAGAUUGGCAAGAUCUCCCUCGACAAGACGUUCGAGGAGAGGGACCACCUCAACCACCGCAUCGUCAACACGAUCAACGAAGCCGCCACCGACUGGGGCCUCGAGUGCCUUCGUUACGAGAUCCGCGACAUCGUCCCGCCCACGGGCAUCAAGGUGGCCAUGGAGAUGCAGGCCGAAGCGGAACGUCGCAAGAGGGCGACGGUGCUGGAGUCCGAGGCUGAGCGCGAGGCUGCGGUGAACCGCGCGGAGGGUCAGAAGCAGAAGACUGUGCUGGAGGCUGAGGCGGAGGCGGAAUCCACCAUGCUCCGAGCGAGAGCCGCGGCUGAAUCCCUCGCGGUCGUCGGCGAGCAGCUGAUCAAUCCCGGCGGCGCCGACGCCGCACGGAUCAGGGUCGCCGAGCUUUACCUCCGGGAGUUCGGCAAGAUCGCCAAGGAGGGAAACACGGUGCUCUUGCCCGCGGAUGCCGCCAACCCCGCAAACAUGGUCGCUCAGGCGAUGGCCGCCGCGGGCGUCACCGCGCAAGCGAUCCCGGGGUACGAGGGAGGAGCCGCCAAGGUGAUCGCGGGCGGUGCGAGGACGAAGGCGAAGGCUACGGCGUCUAAGGCGACGAUCGGGGGUGCAUCUUCCGGCGACGCGGCCAAGGCUAGGGCCGCGAAGAUUAAGGAGCGAGAGAUUGAGGAGUUGGUGGAGUCGGCAGCCAAUACGUAUCGGGCGAACCGGACCAUCCUCAGCGCGCUCACCGGCGAGCGCUCGAAGGCGGAGGGACGGGCUAUCCUGUCCUCGAACUGACGGGCACCGGAGGGGCCGCUUCCGCACCGCGUCCACGUUUACGCCAUGUAAUUAACGUGUCUGUCAUAAG